AUGCGCUUGUCCUGGGUGCAUGGUGCCUCUCCGGGCAGGUGCGAGGUGUGCUGUCCCUGUGUAGCGAUUGGUCUUGCGGCGACGCUGGGAAUCAUUGGCGUCAUCAACUGGGAACAAGGUUUCUUCUUCAGUCCAGACGAGUCAGUGGGCGGGUGCCAAGGGCCGGAUUAUCAUUUCGGUGAUAAGGAAGUGCAGUGGAGGAGCGCUUGGAAAGGAGAUUGCGCGUUCUUGUACAGGAAUGAACCCGAAGACAAGCAGGUGCUGCACUGGCGGUCUCCUCGAAGCGAAGAGUACGAUGCAUGCUACCGCAUGGCCUGCAAGGAAUUCUGCAGAUCACACUGGUGCAUGGCCAAAACAGUUGCGGCUGCGGUUUGGUCGUUCGCAAUUUUUCUGGUGCUGACCUCUCUUUGCAGCUGCGCCGUCGUAGGCUACAAGCUCGGGUCGCAACUGUCCAACUGUCGAAUUGGGACAAAUGCGAUCUAG